AUGGCAGAGGCACACAACCACAAUCGUUCCUACUGGAGGACUAAAUGCCGAAAGGCAUUAUCAGAUCACAUCUGGAAGACAUUGAAUAUUCGAGUUGAUCCAGCAGAUGUGCGCUUGAUUCCAAAUGUCAAUACAUCUUAUGGAUGGAAGGCAGCUCCUUCAAUAAAGCAACUGCUCAAAACACAACUUAGUAAACACUCAACUGGAGCAUAUAAGAUGUUAUGUCAAGCAGUGGAUGACAAGUCAGAAACAAAACUCUUACAGGCUGUUCUUGCAGAAGAGAUGAUACAGGGGGACAAUCAGACUGACAACGAAUUCAAAAAAGACACAUCUUGCAAUAGAAAUGAAAAGUGUGAGGAGGUGGUACAAUGGAAGCUUCAAGUAGCCAGUGAGGUGAUGAGAAGAGAACUUGCUGAGAAAACCAUGAUGAAUUUAAAGAGAUUGAGUGAGGAACAGCAAGAUAAAAUAAUACAUCUAGAAGAAGAAGUUCAGCGAUUACUAUCAAUGACCAAGUUCUUUCAACAGACUAUUGAUCAAUGGUUACAAGGAGUGACUGAGGCAAUUUCACUUCUACAGACUGCUCACUCAGAGCUACUAUCAGUGGCACAAAGCAGCUCAUAA